UAUAGACUAUAGAGUGUAGAGGCAAUCAAAAAGAAAAGAGCCUUGUGUUCAAGUGUCAUUUUCCAAUAAGCAGUACUUCUCGAGGAACACAAGUCUCCUAUCCCUUUCUCCCUUUUUUCUCAUUCCAUAAAGCUUUUCUUGAUUCCUUUCUUUUCUUUUCUUUCAUUUAUUACCAACAACACAUUUUUCUUUUCUUUCCAUUGUUUUCACAACACACUAUUAUCCCUUCUUCUUCUUCAUCAAACAUUGUCCACUUAAAAAAGAAGAUAAAAGAGAACUCAAAUCUUUGCCCCCCUUUUUUCACUUAUACUUGACUUUUUCCACCUAAAUCUAUCAUCAAGAAUCAAACUUGAAGUUUGUUCAUCUUUCUUUUCCACAUCUUGUGUGUGUGUAACUUUUUAGUACUCUAUCUUUCAUCAAUUUGGGGUUUUAUUUUUAGGUAAAGCCAAAGCCAACAUAAAAGAACAAAUCUUGAAGUCAUUAUUAUUAUUAUUUCAAAGAUUUAUUUUAUCCACAAAGUUAAAAUGCCCUUAGAAGGUGUUUUUGUUCAACAACCAUCUUCUAAUAAUUCUUCAUCAAAACAAAUUCCUGAUCUUUCUCUACAUAUUAGCCCUCCAAAUAGUACUACUUCAACAAACAAGUCAUCAACAACAACAAAUAAUUGUCUCACUGAGCUUUCUUUAGCUCAUCCCACUACUACUAUUAGUGAAGAAAAUAGGAGUUUUUCAAGAAACCCUUUUCUGCAACAAAGCCAAAACAAUAGUUAUAAUAUGAUUCAUCAACAACCAACUAGCCAAAUGAAUCAUAUAAAUCAUGGGGUUUCUUUAUUAGAUGUUACUUCACAAAAUUUAAGCCCUAUAAAGGGUAUACCAAUUUAUCAUCAUCAAGAUUCAUUUUCUAAUUUCACUAAUUUCUUGGAAAAAGAUCCAAAGAGAUCAUUUGGAUCCCUUUAUUCACCACCUCAUUUCAGUGGAGGUUAUUAUAAUUUGGAUCAUUUAUCAUUCUUGAAUUGUGGUACUAAUGCUUCUUCUCCUUCUCCUUCGCCUUAUCGGAUACCCAUGGUGACUAAUAGAUUUCACAAUCAGCAUCAACAUAGCCAAUAUUAUGGUGUGGGAUUAGGGCCUUCUUCUCAUGAAAAUAGUUUGAUGAGAUCAAGAUUUCUACCAAAAUUUCCAACUAAAAGAAGCAUGAGGGCACCGCGAAUGCGAUGGACAACUUCACUUCAUGCCCGGUUUGUUCAUGCUGUGGAGCUUCUUGGUGGCCAUGAAAGGGCUACUCCAAAAUCAGUGUUGGAGCUAAUGGAUGUCAAAGAUCUCACUCUAGCUCAUGUCAAAAGCCAUUUACAGAUGUAUCGCACUGUUAAAACCACUGACAAACCUGCAGCUUCCUCAGGGCAAUCAGAUGGAUCGGGUGAUGAAGAUCUGUUAGCAAUAGACAGAAUUUUGGAUCAGCAGCAGAGAAGUCCAUCUGAUGGAUGUGAUGAUCCUGCUACUACUCUUUGGAGUAACUCCUCAAGCAGUAGAGAAAGAUGGUCGCAAGCUAACUUCAACGAAUCGAAUGGACUCGUUAGAUCAUCCUCUUUUCCACCUCAACAAAGGUCUGGCCACCAUAUUGAGGAUUGUGAAUAUUCAAGACCAAUGAGCUAUGUAGGUUGCAGUUUGGAUCAGAAAAAACCCAGCUUGGAGUUCACAUUAGGAAGACCAGAUUGGAUAGAAAAGGAGCAUGACUAAUUAAAUUGGGCAUCAACACCUUCAAUAUAUUAAUUUUUUUUUUUUUUGGUUUUUUGAUUAUUACCUGAUUCUUCAUAGUUUUUUUUUUUUUUUUUGGGUAAUUUGAGAUGAAAGGGAUGUGAUAUCAAGAUUGAAAUAUUAAAAGCUACUACAAAAGAAAGUAAAAGAGGAAUGAUCUUUAUUAGCUACCAUGGCUAAGUUUCCAAGCAUAUAUAACCUAAGUUAUGACCUACCUAUAUAUACAACCUAUUUUUUUUUUUUUUUGAGUUAUUGUUAAAUUUUAACUCUUCUUUUUUCUAUGUUUUGUUUCAUUUUUGCUUGUUUAAUUUGAGUUCUCGGGUUGUGUAUGAUACUGUAAUAUAAAAAUUGUUGGAAGAUUGUAUUGAAUGUGGCUUGAGGCA